AAAUACUGCGGAUAUUUUUCUUCAUCGCUUUCUCGAAAACGCGUGAAAGCGUCAUUUUUUGCGUCUUACGUCAUCAGGGAAGCUUCUACUGACGAUUUUCACUCAGUGUUGUGCGCGAAUGUAUCUGUUUACGUGAGAUGUCUGCCAUGUCUACCGAAAUGGAGUCUCAGAAUGGAAAUCUAAACUGCUCCAUAUGCCUGGAGUGUUUCCGGUACCCUGUAACCAUCCCCUGUGGUCACACCUUCUGUAAGCACUGCAUUACCAAGCACUGGGACACCAAAAGCCAGGCUGACAUUGGCCCUCAGUGCCCCAUCUGCAAUGAAGAGUUCAAAACCAGACCUGUGCUGAGGCGUAAUGUGUCCCUGUCAGUCCUGGCAGAGACUGCAAACAGCGCAGGCCCCUCCUGUAGGGAGACCCUGGUGAGAGGAGGUGAAGGGGCCAGAGCCAUGUUGCUGUGCGAGCGCCAUAAAAAGCCUCUGGUUUAUUACUGCAGACAGGACAAGAUGUCUGUGUGCUGUGAAUGUGGCAUCUCAGAGUGCGCGAACCACGAAAGGGUCAUGCUGGAGGCAGAAAGGGAAACUCAAGAGCUGCUGCUGGACAGGAAGAAUAUGGAGGUGGGGAAACUGAUUGAAGAGAUGGAGAAAAGUAUAAAUGACUUGGCUGAGAAUAUUGAUCAAGCUAAGGUCACUCUUGAUCAGACGUCAGCCUGGGUGAAUGCCAAAUUUUCCAGCCUGAUGAAAAUCCUGGCUGAGAAGCAGGAGGCGACGGCGCUUUUUAUCGAGAUGCAAAAGCAGGCAGCGCUCACAGAGGCAGAGACACGACUAGCCGAACUUGAAGAGCGCUCCCACGUGCUCAAAGAGAGCCGAGGCCAAAUUGCAGCGCUGCACGAUCUCUCUGAUGCAGACCUCAUCAGGGGAUCAAUGCACAUAGAGGUCCCACGCUUCAAGGAAAUUCCCACAGAUGUGACUUCGAACCUGCAGGAUCGAUUAAACGGCAUCACAGACAUCCUCUCCCGAGUCUCUAAGCUGGUGUCUGAGGACCUGGAGAAGGCUGUGAGCACGGCUGUGGGUCAUGACAAAGAUGGUUCUCCUCAGGAUAAGAGGCCAGUACUAGCUGUGGUUCCCAGUCCUGCUGCUCCGUCCCACCCCGUAGGGAAGGAGGGCCUCAGUGCUUACCGAUGCUCUCUGACUUUUGACCCCCGGACAGCAAAUGGGCACCUAGUUCUUUCCCAAGAAAACCGGAGGGCUGAGCACUUGACCUCAGGGCCACGUGCUGUCCCCGCACACGAAGCCCGCUUUGAUUAUACCUGGCAGGUGCUCUGCUUUCAGGGAUUCAAACAUGGCCAGCACUACUGGGAGCUGGAGGUGUCCAAGCCUUGGGCCUACCUCGGGGUAACCUACGAGACCAUCCCCAGGAAGGAGAAGGGCAAGAGGUGCAUGGUGGGUAUGAAUGAACUGUCCUGGAGCCUGCAGCUGGACGAGCACCAGCUCAGCGCCUGGCACAACGGCCGGCGGGAGACCCUCCCGGGCCACUCCCAUCACAGCCGCAUCGGCAUGCUGCUGGACUACGAGGCGGGUACGCUGACCUACUACGGAGACGGGCAGACCAGGCUGCACGCCUUCCACUGUGCCUUCACCCAGGAGCUGUUUCCCGCCUGCUGGAUAGGAGAGGGGGUCAGCAUCACCCUCUGCUCCACAUGAGCCGGCGAAAAAAGGAAGUGGAACUGUAGGAAGCACUAUGAAACGUGGCCACAAUCUGACUUGAGUUAAGGACCCCGCCCACCCCACCCGCAAACAGUCUAGGAGCUUUUUUUAAAAAACAUUUUUCUCUUGUGGGACGGCUCCUUCCAGCAUUGUUUUUAGUAGUAGAACUGACUGACUGGCAUUUUCCCCCCUAACAUGUUUGCCACUUGGUUUUCCAUUGUCACUUACCACAACACUGCUAAGGAAACGGUUACAUACUCUGCCUUUAAAGGGGACUUACAGUUUUAAUACACACUAAUUCAUUCUGUUUAGUUUUUUUUAAAUAUGUGUUAAAUAAUCUUCAGCUGUCCACUUUCAGGUUGGGGGAACAAAAACAGUCCCAGCUCAGUGGAUCACACUUCUGAACUCUCAUUACCUAAAAUAAUUUUUAGUGUUGCAUUACAAAACAGUGAGCACUCACUGUAGAGGUUCAGGCUCAAAAGCAGGUGACUCAUCAUGAGACACUGAACUCUUCACACAUGCUGGAUUGUGUCUUUGGUUAGGACAUCCAGUCCAGUUGAAACACAGGUUCUUUUUUCCAGGACGUGUGCAGUGUUCUGAGUGGAAAAAUAGUUACUGAGGUGCAGGUGAGUGCAUCAGUAACACUGUGUUGUGGUACUGUGCCAACACAGGAUUGAACACACUACUCCUUGCAUAUGUCAGAUUAGACUAUCCCUGACUGCUCUGCUCUGAAACAGGUCACUGAGGGUUACAUGUGAAAGUAGGUAACACUUCAGUUUCUUACAGAUUGAAGAUGACCUAUUGCACUCGUUCCUACUGUGGGUUGGGCCCCAUUUAAAGCAAUAUGAGUUGAAUAUAAGGGAAUUUUAUGAUUAUUUUGUUGAGGCAAAGGUAAUAUUGGUAUUGGCCUUUUAUAUUAAAAAAAAAAGACAUUUUAAUGUGGCUGCGUGUCUCCUGUGUGAUAUCCGCUCUCAUUGAUGUCACACAGUGCAGUCUGAAGCCUGAACUCAUUAUUUGAAGCUUUGUCCAUGUUUAACAUGAAAAUCCAGCACUAACAGAAAAUAAAGCAGAAUAGGUCCCUUUAAAAACACGGUUCUGGGCAGCUGCCUGUUGUAGCCUUAUGUUCGUCACACACAAUGAAUGAUGGACACUGAUGAAAGUCCACCUGUGCCAGCGUCCACAUACAAAUGAAAACAAAGAUAAGAGCUAAAAAUUGUACUCCUACAUGCCCAAACUUCUCAGUGCUUCUUUUUACGUGAGCGCUGAGCUCAAUCUACAGAAAUACAUGAGCUUGUGUUUCCACGGUGUGGACGGUUCCACGCUGCUCUUUACAAACCUGCUGUCGGUGAAAAACUGUCUCAGGCUGUAGCGUUACUACUGAGAGGACAGAACUGAAACUCGAAGGCCACGUUAUCACCGGGGGAUCUGAUCAUGAAUGCACAAAUGGUGUUGAACUGGAAUCUGAUGUAUUCUCCUGAUGUGAGUUUUUUUGGCAGGUGUUCAGUCCCAGGUGUCUUUUAGAUGAUGACGGUUUACAAAGCUUAGCUGAGAACUUUGGCACAUUUGAAGUGAACUGCUGUGGAUUUGCACAAACUGAAGAUAAGGAGUGACUGAGAGAAGCAUAUUUGGCUGUCUUGGCCUAAU